AUGGAGGCUUUCAUUUUCCUCCCCUUCAUGUUCUUGGCCAUGUUCUCAGUAUCUUCAACCCAGCCUUUGAAGACAAGUGUUUUUAAAGUAGGAGACAGUGCAGAACCUGCACUUAUUCUAGAGAGAGAAAAUGAAGCUAAUCAGCAAGGAGGACAAAAAGAACCUAAAAGGGAAACAAGAAGCAACACCCAAGGAAAACCAGGGCCACUCAUUCUGCAAGGACAACCAGGGUAUUCUAAUCAGCCAGGAAAACCAGAAAAUUUUAAACAGAAAGGGAGGCCAGGAGUUUUCAAUCAGCCUGGGAGUCUGCAAGGGAAUUCAGGACUAUCGAACCAAAAAGGGAAUCCAGAAGCUUCUAAUGAGCAAGGAAAACCAGGAUCUUGUAGCCAGCAAGGGAAGCCAGGGUCAUCUAGCCAGCCAGGGAAGCCAGGGUCAUCUAGCCAGCCAGGGAAGCCAGGGUCGUCUAGCCAGCCAGGGAAGCCAGGGUCGUCUAGCCAGCCAGGGGAGCCAGGGUCGUCUAGCCAGCAAGGGGAGCCAGGGUUGUCUAGCCAGCCAGGGAAGCCAGGGUCAUCUAGCCAGCCAGGGAAGCCAGGGUCAUCUAGCCAGCCAGGGGAGCCAGGGUCGUCUAGCCAAAAAGGAAAGACAGGAUUGUCUAGGCAACAGAGAAAAUCAAAGUCUUUUUAUAAUCAAGAAGAAAGAAAAACUGGAGUCAACCCUUUGAAUGACAAUACAAUGGAGAUUCAGACUGGCCGUACUAGCAACAAGAACCCAACCGGAAAAACAAAAUGUCAAUCUAAAUAUGAACCAGUCUGUGGUUCUGAUGGAAAAACUUAUGGCAACCACUGUGCAUUCAGUGAAGCAAAAAGGUUGAGUAAUGGAAAACUGAGUCUGAACCAUGAGGGGAAAUGUUAA